AUGGAUAUCCCUAGAAAGAGAACGCUAACGCAGCCCUCUGGCAGCACUAGGAUACCGCUAAAGGAAACCAACGGAAACAUUCCCUCGCCGGUGUUCAAGAAGGCCAAGCUCAACAUUCCGUCUCCUGGAGUACUCAGCACUAGCCAUAGCACCAGCACCAGCACCACCACGAACUCCAAACAUGUGCAAAGCAUUUCUAACAGGCCAAUAUUGGCACCAUCACAAGCACACAACACACACUCCGCCAGCGCUACAGCCACCAAGGCUUCGGUACGUAACACCAGGCUCGAAGGAGACGAGCUCUUGAGCUGGCAAAUCUCCUGGAGGAAGAUCAUGAAGGAACUGAUCGCCUAUUUUGACACCCAGGGCUGCGACAUCACCAGCUCCAAUCAAAAAUUGGAGCAAAAGAGAGCCGCCAAGGCAUUAAAGCUGGUGGGAUGCACCAUAGCUCCGUUCUUCGAGAGAGACGUAACCAUUAUAGUCAGUAGAAGACCCUUUGUCAACGGGAAGCAAUACCCAACGAACGAUAUCUUCCACGACGCCAUGAAUCAGAGAAUCAAAGUCUGGAAUUAUGAUAAAGUUUUCAGGUUUUUGAAGAACUUGGAACCCACAAACUCGGCGGGUACUGGAGGCUUGACCGAUGCGUCUACAUCAGCAACUACCUUGCCAACAGCUUCAUUGGUAACAGGUGAACAACAGCAUACUGAAUUGUACAAUCUUUUGAAAGAGGAAAAGAUCUUCGGUAAUAAUGAUAGAGACCCCAACGCAAGAAGAGAUGAUUUACACUAUCUUGAGAAAAAUUAUUUAUAUUCGUACGACUUGAGCCAAACCAUUAGACCAAUUGCCGUUCGAGAAUGGUAUGAAAAUGCUUUCCCGGUCUUGAAUCUCACAUUGGAUGGGAAAUGUCCCUUUAUAGUGGACUCCACUUCCAUAGCUGAGCAAAAUCUGGAAAGAAGAAAGUUGAGAAGAGCUCAAAAGUUUGAAGCUACCAAAAGUUAUAGAGAUUUGUUGAAAGAAGCUACUAAUAGAAUAAUUAACAGUGCAAUGGGGUUAAAGAGAGGUAAUUUCAGUAGUACUAGCACGAGUACUGAUAGAACUGAAGAUGACCAAGAUUAUGAUGUGGAUGAAAUAGAGCCAGAGAAAGAUAAUGAUAAUGGAAAAGAGGAAGGUAAACAAGAUGGUGAAGAAGGCGACCAGGAAGUAGAACAGGAAGAACAGGAUGAAAAACAGAAUAGUGACGAACGAACUGAAGAUGACCUUGAAAACAUUAACCCACUCACUACCAAAUAUCAAUUCAAGGCACCUCCUGCUCCAUUAUUGCGACAAUCAUCGGUAAUGCAUGCCAAUGAUUCUAAUUCAAAAUAUUAUGAAGUAGCAGCCUCAGGUUUUAACGGAGCAUCUAAUGCAGCACAGUGUUCCAUGGAUUCUACGUUGAACAGCAACACCAUUUCAAAGAUGCAUAUUAAUGAGAAUGCAUUGAUAGGAAAUGGAUUGGGGCCAAGCGUUUCUCAAGUUCCAUCGAAAAACAUUAAUAACUUGAAGAGGAGAAUUUUCAUGAAAAAGCAGAAGGAGGGAAAGAAGCCUUCUCAUAAGGACCAUCACAGUAACACUAAUAAGGAUAAAGAAUUGAAACCUGGGUACUGUGAAAAUUGUAGAGUCAAAUACGAUCAUUUUGAAGACCAUAUUCUUACCAACAGGCAUCGUAAUUUUGCUUGCGACGAUGAGAACUUCAAAGACAUCGAUGAAUUGAUCUCGACUUUAAACGAAAGUAAGAGUCUUGGGUAUGUGACUUCAAACGGUGACUAUAGAUAUGAUUAUGGGGGAUAUAAUAACUAG